GGGACGUGAGGGAAGGUUCCGCCUCCAGGGUAGAAAGGCGCCUGCGCCGGCGGUGCUCCGGUCGGGACGCGCAUAUCUCGCUUCCUCCCUCCCUGACCUGUACGCGGGUGGGCGUGGGAGGAGGCGGGGAACACUGGAGGGGAGCGAGGGGGCGGGUGUCGCGGGAGGGAAGGAGCGAACCGGAGAGCGUCGUCCUGAGAGGAGUGAAGGCGGCAAAAUGGCGGACCGCUUCUCCCGCUUCAACGAGGACCGAGACUUUCAGGGUAAUCACUUUGAUCAGUAUGAAGAAGGACAUUUGGAAAUUGAACAAGCAUCACUUGACAAGCCUAUAGAAUCGGAUAAUAUUGGACAUCGCUUACUCCAGAAACAUGGGUGGAAGCUGGGCCAGGGAUUGGGAAAAUCUCUUCAGGGGAGAACAGAUCCCAUUCCAAUCGUUGUCAAGUAUGAUGUCAUGGGCAUGGGUCGCAUGGAAAUGGAGCUUGAUUAUGCCGAAGAUGCUACCGAACGGCGCCGUGUCCUAGAAGUAGAAAAAGAAGACACGGAAGAACUGAGACAGAAGUACAAGGAUUAUGUUGAUAAAGAGAAGGCAAUUGCCAAAGCGUUGGAAGACCUCAGAGCCAACUUUUACUGUGAACUCUGUGAUAAGCAAUAUCAGAAACAUCAGGAAUUUGACAACCAUAUCAACUCCUAUGAUCAUGCACACAAGCAGGAAGGCACACAGGAUUAUUAUGAAUCUGAGAUAAUAGCUGAUGUAUUGAAAGCAAAUCCUUCUAAUUUGGGAGCCCAGAUCACAAGAAGAUUGAAAGAUCUCAAGCAGAGAGAGUUUGCUCGAAACGUCUCUUCAAGAUCCCGCAAAGAUGAGAAGAAGCAAGAGAAAGCCCUACGGCGGCUCCACGAGUUGGCAGAGCAAAGAAAACAAGCUGAAUGUGCACCUGGAAGUGGUCCCAUGUUCAGACCAACCACAGUGGCUGUAGAUGAAGAAGGUGGAGAUGAUGAUAAAGAAGAAUCAGCGACAAACAGUGGCACAAGUGCCACUGCCACUUGUGGCCUGGGAUCUGAAUUCUCCACAGAUAAAGGAGGCCCUUUCACUGCAGUACAAAUCACUAAUACCACUGGACUGGCACAGUCUCCUGGGCUAGCCUCUCAAGGCGUCAGCUUUGGCAUUAAGAAUAAUCUGGGGACCCCAUUGCAAAAACUGGGAGUGUCAUUUUCCUUUGCCAAGAAGGCUCCUGUCAAACUCGAAUCAAUAGCAUCAGUUUUCAAGGACCAUGCAGAGGAAGGGACCUCUGAAGAUGGAACAAAAGCUGAUGAGAAGGGUACAGACCAAGGACUGCAGAAGGUGGGAGAUUCCGAUGGUAGCAGUAAUCUCGAUGGUAAAAAAGAGGAUGAAGACCCUCAGGAUGGAGGGUCCCUUGCCUCAACAUUAUCUAAGUUAAAAAGAAUGAAGCGAGAAGAAGGAGCUGGGGCUACAGAGCCAGAGUAUUACCACUACAUCCCCCCAGCACACUGCAAAGUAAAACCUAAUUUUCCUUUCCUACUCUUUAUGAGAGCCAGUGAACAAAUGGAAGGUGAUAAUAGUACACACCCAAAGAAUGCCCUAGACAGCAAAAGAAGUAGUUCUCCCAAGCCUAAAGGCUGCAUCAAGGUGGCAGCAAGCCAAGGAGCAGAAAAGACAGUUGGUGAAGUCUCUGAACAGCAGAUGGAAACCAGUGUGGCUGAGCCCUCAGAGCCUGAAAGCAAAGCUGAGACAAAGAAGGCCUCAGGAGGGGAUGUAAGUGAGCAUAGUUUAGAGAGUCAGAGUCAGAAGGAUUCAGAGAUCCAAAUGUGUGAGUCUAAUCCUCCUAAAGAAAUCUCUCAGGCCACUCCAGCAGGGAAAGAAAGCCAAGAGGGACCCAGACAUCCUACUGGUCCCUUCUUUCCAGUUUUAAGCAAAGAUGAAAGCACUGCCCUCCAGUGGCCAUCAGAACUAUUAAUUUUCACGAAGGCAGAACCCUCCAUUUCUUACAGUUGUAAUCCUUUGUACUUUGACUUCAAGCUUUCAAGGAACAAAGAUGCCAGAGCUAAAGGGACAGAAAAACCAAAGGAUAUAGGAGGCUCCUCAAAGGACCAUCUCCAAAGCCUUGAUCCUAGUGAGCCAAAUAAAAGCAAAGAGGAGGGAGAGAAUGUAGAACAUUCUUCAGGAGGCAGAAUAGAUGCACCUGCUCCAGGAUCUGCCUGUAGCGGCCUGAAUAAGCAGGAGCCUGGGGGUAGCCAUGGGUCAGAGACAGAAGACACAGGGAGAAGCCUUCCUAGCAAGAAAGAACGAUCUGGGAAGUCCCACCGACACAAAAAGAAGAAGAAACACAAAAAAUCCAGCAAACACAAACGGAAACACAAGCCUGACCCAGAAGAGAAAAGCUCUAAGGCAGAGUCUGGGGAGAAGUCUAAGAAGCGCAAGAAGCGAAAACGAAAGAAGAAUAAGUCAUCAGCCCCAGCAGAUUCUGAACGGGGGCCCAAACCAGAACCCCCUGGUAGUGGUAGCCCUGCACCACCAAGAAGACGGCGGCGAGCCCAAGAUGAUUCCCAGCGGAGAUCCAUUCCAGCUGAAGAAGGGAGCAGUGGCAAGAAGGAUGAAGGUGGAGGCGGUGGCAGCUCCCAAGAUCAUGGUGGGAGGAAACACAAAGGUGAACCUCCAACUUCAUCCUGCCAGCAAAGAGCUAGCAGCAAACGGAGCAGCCGAUCUAGCCAUCGAAGUCGACCCAGUAGUGGAGAUGAGGAUAGUGAUGAUGCUUCAUCACGUCGGCUGCACCAGAAGUCUCCAUCCCAGUACAGUGAGGAGGAGGAGGAGGAAGAGGAGGAAGAAGAGUCGGGCAGUGAGCAUUCCCGUAGCCGCUCACGGUCUGGCCGGCACCAUUCCUCUCGCCGUUCCUCCCGGCGUUCUUACUCAAGUAGCUCAGAUGCUUCUUCAGACCAGAGCUGCUAUAGUAGACAACACAGUUACUCUGAUGACAGCUAUAGUGAUUAUAGUGACCGAUCACGAAGGCACUCCAAGCGCUCCCACGACUCUGAUGACUCAGACUAUACCAGUUCCAAGCACCGGUCCAAGCGGCACAAAUAUUCAUCUUCUGAUGACGACUAUAGCCUCAGUUGCAGCCAGUCCCGAAGCCGAUCUCGGAGUCAUACUAGGGAGCGCUCAAGAUCCAGGGGCCGCAGCCGCAGCAGCAGUUGUAGUCGCAGCCGGAGCAAACGGAGAAGCCGCAGCACCACAGCCCACAGCUGGCAGCGGAGUCGGAGCUAUAGCCGGGACCGCAGCUGCAGCACCCGGAGCCCUUCGCAGAGAUCAGGCUCCAGGAAGGGAUCGUGGGGUCACGAGAGCCCUGAGGAGAGGCGUUCUGGUCGUCGAGACUUCAUUCGCUCUAAAAUCUACCGCUCCCAGUCUCCCCACUAUUUCCGAUCAGGCCGGGGAGAAGGCUCCGGGGAGAAGAAGAAAGAAGAUGGCAGAGGAGAUGAUGGUAAAGGGAUAGGCCCACCCUCCCAGAACAGCAACACUGGCCCAGGAAGAGGGUCAGAAGGUGACUGCAGCCCUGAAGACAAGAACUCUGUCACUGCCAAACUGCUACUGGAGAAGAUCCAGUCAAGGAAAGUGGAGAGGAAACCCAGUGUGAGUGAGGAGGUGCUGGCCACCCCUAAUAAAGCUGGGCUCAAGCUCAAGGAUCCUCCACAAGGUUAUUUUGGGCCCAAGCUCCCCCCUUCUCUUGGCAAUAAGCCUGUCCUUCCACUGAUAGGGAAGCUCCCAGCUACCCGAAAGCCCAACACCAAGAAAUGUGAAGAGUCUGGCUUAGAAAGGGGGGAAGAGCAAGAGCAGUCAGAGACAGAAGAAGGGCCUCCAGGGAAUAGUGAUGCCCCAUUUGGACAUCAGUUCUCCUCAGAGGAAACAGCUGGCCCCUUAUCAGACCCACCCCCAGAAGAGCCAAAGUCUGAAGAAGCUACUGCUGAUCACCCCGUGGCUCCGUUAGGCACCCCAGUGCACUCUGACUGCUAUCCUGGGGACCCAUCCAUCUCCCAUAACUACCUCCCUGACCCCAGUGAUGGGGACACCCUCGAGUCCCUGGAUAGUGGCAGUCAACCAGGCCCUGUGGAAUCCAGCUUGCUGCCUAUAGCGUCAGACCUUGAGCACUUCCCCAGUUAUGCACCUCCCAGUGGGGAGCCUAGUAUUGAGUCAGCUGAUGGGGUUGAGGAUGCUUCCCUAGCCCCACUGGAAAGCCAGCCCAUCACCUUCACUCCCGAGGAGAUGGAGAAGUACAGCAAGCUCCAGCAGGCCGCACAGCAACACAUCCAGCAGCAGCUUCUGGCCAAGCAAGUAAAGGCCUUUCCCGCCUCGGCUGCCCUGGCCCCAGCCACUCCAGCCUUGCAGCCCAUCCACAUUCAGCAGCCAGCCACAGCCUCUGCCACCUCCAUCACAACUGUUCAGCAUGCCAUCCUGCAGCAUCAUGCCGCAGCUGCUGCUGCCGCCAUUGGCAUUCACCCCCACCCUCAUCCCCAGCCGCUUGCCCAAGUACAUCAUAUCCCCCAGCCCCACCUGACCCCCAUUUCCUUGUCCCACCUCACUCACUCGAUCAUCCCUGGCCAUCCUGCCACCUUUCUAGCUAGCCAUCCCAUCCAUAUCAUUCCCGCCUCAGCCAUCCAUCCUGGGCCCUUCACCUUCCACCCUGUUCCACAUGCUGCCCUCUACCCUACCCUACUUGCCCCCCGGCCUGCUGCAGCAGCUGCCACUGCCCUCCACCUUCACCCACUACUUCACCCCAUCUUCUCAGGUCAGGACCUGCAGCACCCCCCCAGCCAUGGAACAUGAGUUGGGGGAUACGAGCCCAGGUAGGGCCAGGGAAGGUGACCCAUAAAUCUUCCCUUGGGGUGUUGAGCCAUUAAUACCAGCAAGUAGAAGCUGGAAUGGGCAGUGUCUGACAGCCAAAGAAUUGAGUUUUGGCUUGCAGGGGUGGUUUUAGAUUUGAGGUUUGCUUUGGGUUUACUAUCAGGGAUUUUUUUCCCUUUUCCCCUUUCUGUUUGUCCCUCCCUCUCCUGUGUUUCUAAGCUUGGGAACACCAGUAAGUGCUACCCACCCCUCUUUGGCAACAUCUCCAAACUGUUGAGUUUAGAUACUCCCCUCCUCUCUACUUUCUAUCCUCUGCACUUGUCUAUAAAUUUUAAAACAUUUUCCUCCUCUCUGGCUGGCGGGUUUUCCAUCUGGUCCUGCCUUAUCAGUGUCUUUGACCUUGGUGACCUUAUUUAUCCCGGGUGAAGUGGAAAGGGAGUCUGACCUGGAACCAGGUGCCACUCAGGCUGUCAUUCGAUCCACUUCCCACACAAACAGCCACACAUUUGGCACUGUUGUCCUCGUGUUCCUCAUCCCAGAAGAGACAUCUGCAUAUCCCAGAAAAGAAGAUCCUAUCGUGAAUAGAAGCUAUGCGGAACAUAGUCACCCAUGUGCUUCCCCAGAGAGGAGCUCAUGUGUCUGAAGGGUGUAUUUUCUUCUGUCAUGUUGAUGUUUCCUUCUUAAUUUAUAGGAUUUUUUAAUGUAAAAAAUUGCACUGAACUCUAUAAACGUAAAUGCUGCUUUUUGUAGCUCAUAUAAAAAAGGUUCCAUAUUUGUAGUAUACUGCAAUAAUAUUUUUUACAUCCAGCUCUUUAAGUGAUCCUUGUUCUGGUGGCUUUGUGUAAAUAUGUUUGCCCUAGUUGAAUUAAGAAACUUUAAAGGUUAUAAAAUGAAAACAAAAAAAUAAAGUAUUUGUUUUCUGCUAGAUGCAAAAAUGACUAAGCAUGUAUAUUUUAUCAAGCUCAUGUAUUUUUUGAAGUUAUGAACUAUAAAAACGUUAAAACAGAAAAAGGAACGUUGUUUAACAUUCUUUGCAGAGACAAAAUUUGUAGUAAGUGGUGCCCCCAGCACUAGAAUUUUUGAACUAAUGGGCAGCAGUCAGCUGGGGGUGCCAGAGGGAUACUCAGUUACGACAGAGUCUCCCUCACGUGCUUCGCUGUUUUAUACAGAGAAACAGGUGCACCCCACAGAGGAGGAGAGAGAGAUUCAAGAGCUUUAUUCUCUGGAAGCAGUGAGAUUCAGUAUGAUUGUCCUGGGGGAUUCCUGGGUUUCAGGGGUGCCUGUCCCAGGCAGUCCAUUUGCCUUCCUAGUACUUAGCCCCCUCUGACAAAAUUUUUUAAUGUGCCUUUUGGGUUGGCUAGAAACUGAAGUAGAAGUAGACUGGAGGGUGAUAGAGUUGGGACAGUUUUUCCUCCUCCACUUACUGGGAGGUGAGCACAUUUAUAGAUUCUGCAGAUUGUUUUGCUUCAUUGUUUCCAUGCCUUCUACCCAGCUUAGUUUAAGCAGUAAAGAUACCUUUUUUCUUUUCUCCCAUGACACUUAUCAGGGGAAGUACCACCUCAAUUCCUCUUCCUCCUCUUCUUGCGUUUCACCCGGCUCUCAGACCUAAUUAAUACACUGACCCAAAGGUGUUUAUAUUGUAGGUCUCAUCUUCUUUGGUGUAGUUA